AAUAGCGAGCGACGUUCUCCAGAGAAGCCGCAGUCUCGCUCGGUGUGUGUGUAUCGGCGGUCGUAGUCGCGCGGGCGGAUGUGUCACGGUGAAGGAAGCAAACAGUCAUUUUACAGUGUGUGGAAAGCAAAAGCGUGUAUUUUUCCUGGUUGAAACGUAAAGCAAGAGAAACGGUGACGUGCGGUGAUCGAGGAUGUCUCAUCGCGAGUGAACGGGCAACGAGAGACGCCGUAAGUGCGCGGGUGUCCUUUAGUUCAACUCUGUAGAUCUCAAGACCGGUGGACGAAAAUGCGGGCGCGAUACGUCGUGGCAGUACUUACUAGCUUGUUAGUAGUCACUGACGAAGCGCCGCAGGACAUCAGACACAAAGAGUACGAUGAACAUCCCCGAGAAGCUUACUUCGACGGCGGCUCCUCUUUCCUCAAAUUGAGAUCGUUCGUGUCGGUACAUAGGCACAGUGGUUUAAGCUUUCGAACCUGCGAUGGUGGUCAACUUUUCAUUCAGAAGUACAACGAUGAUUCGAUCAGUCUCGAAGUGACUCCAGAAGGACUCCUCUUCGUGGCUAUCGUUGAUCAACAACGUUAUAAAGCAAGACUUAACGCCAGGUUACUCAACAACGCUUGGAACAAUGUUAAUCUAUUUUUUAGACUUGGCAAUCUUACUUUAAACGCAGCAGGUCACACACAGGUAAUUGCUAAUGCCACGUACAACUCUGCGAUUCUUACGCUUCCUGACUACGAUAUGAAUGGUUCUCUCAUUGUGGGAGAAGGAUUCAGAGGAUGCAUUCUUCAAGGUCCUGGAAUUCUUUUUAACGACUCUAUCAAUAACGGAGCUGUUUUUGGUCCCUGUCCUGUGGAUAACAAAGGAUGUGGUACAGGCGGACUCGGAAGUCUAGGACCGAGCUCAAUCACCACCAUGGAUUUCUGCAAUCAUGAGCCAUGCAUGAUGCAUGGUAAAUGCGUGUCACGGCAGGAUCGUUACGAGUGCCACUGUUACGCCCGAUAUUCCGGCAACAACUGUCAAAUUGACAAUGGUUCACCGUGUUUGAGUACUCCUUGCCGGAAUGGUGGUACGUGUAACGAGGAUGCGAAAGGAGAUUACAGUUGCGCAUGCAAGCCAGGAUUCACUGGAACAUUCUGCGAAUCUCAACUGGGAGUACGACUUUGCGAGCAAAAUCCUUGUAGAAAUGACGGUGUUUGCUUAGCGCUCACUGAAACCGACUACAGGUGCGAAUGCUUACCUGGAUGGACCGGAAAAAAUUGCGAUACUAACAUCAACGAAUGUUCCUCGAAUCCCUGCAGACACGGGGGAAUUUGCAACGACGGUAUCAAUAAUUACACUUGCAUAUGCGAUAGAACAGGGUACGAAGGUGCAAACUGCGAGAUUGAUAUCGACGAAUGCCUAGCGGACCCCUGUCUGAACAAUGGUAUAUGCUACGACAAUUAUGGUGGUUAUAUCUGCCAUUGUCCGAACGGUUUUGAAGGACAAAACUGUGAAUUGAACUUGAACGAGUGCUUAUCAAAUCCGUGUACACACGGUGGUGAUUGUGUAGACGACGUUGGUUCCUAUCAUUGUAACUGUCUACCCGGAUACGCGGGUCGUCACUGCGAGCUCAGAAGUUUAUGCGAAAAUGCAGCAUGCCCGGCGAAUAGUAUUUGCGUUGAAGAUGCUCACGGACCACAAUGUGUCUGUAAUCCUGGAUUCAUGGGCAAUCCUCCAAAUUGCACUAUCAAUUAUUGUGCCAACAAUCCAUGUAGCAAUGGUGGGACAUGCACGAGCAAUAAGGAUGGAUACAAUUGUACCUGUCCACCAGAAUGGAAAGGACCAACGUGCUUGUCACCUGCUUCGGAUUGGUGUUCCACCUGUUACAACGGAGGUAGUUGCCUCGAGACACGUUUCGGUAUUAUGUGUCAGUGCCCAAGAUUUUGGACAGGACCCCAAUGCAAGGAUCCGAUCACCUGUCGUGAUCUACCUUGCAAGCAAGCUUCCGCUUGUCACGACUACCCUGGAGGCUAUUAUUGCACCUGCGAGCCAGGAUGGGCUGGUCCUGAGUGUUCCAUCGACGAGGAUGAGUGCAUCAGUGAUCCCUGUCGCAACGGUGGCAUCUGUAUUGAUCAGCAAAAUAGCUACUACUGUCAGUGCCUUCCGGGAUACACCGGUAAGAACUGUCAAAUAAACGUGGACGAAUGUUUAUCCCAACCUUGCCAGAACGGAGGCACGUGUAUCGAUCGAAUCAACGGGUACACGUGCAACUGCACCAAAGACUUCAUGGAUGAAAACUGUGAACGCGAGUACAAUGCAUGCGCGGUAAAUCCCUGCCUGAAUAAUGGAAACUGCACACUGAUACCGAGAUCGAGGCGGGAAUUCGUUUGCGAAUGCCCACGGGGUUUCGAGGGAAAGAUAUGCGACAUCAACGUGGACGAUUGUGUCGACGUCGUAUGUCCUGACGGGAAGAUUUGCGUCGACGGUAUCGCUGGUUACGAAUGCAAAUGUCGCGAGGGUUACAGAGACCCUAAUUGUACCCUAAUCGUCGACCAUUGCGCGACGAAACCCUGCAACGGCGGCACGUGCAUCGACCUUGGAGACCAUGGUUUCGAAUGCAAGUGCAAAGACGGAUAUCAAGGACAAUUUUGUGAGGAAGACAUGGACGAAUGCAAAAUUGGAGGUAGUUCUCUCUGCAAUAACGGAAUAUGCGUGAACAACGAUGGCAGUUAUAACUGCUUCUGCAGACCUGGAUUCUCUGGGGACCACUGCGACAUCAACAUCGACGAAUGUUUAUGCGGACCCUGCAAGAACAACGCCACGUGUAUCGACGGUAUUAACACUUUCGAAUGUCGCUGUCCGCCUGGUUACUCCGGGAAAACAUGCGACAUGGACGUGGACGAAUGCGAAAGCGAUCCUUGCCUAAACGGUGCGAGCUGCGUCGAUGAAAUCGCUAGUUAUAUGUGCGUCUGUUCGCUGGGCUUUAGUGGUACAAAUUGUGAGAUUAAUAUCGACGAUUGCGAUCCAUCGCCUUGUCUGAAUCACGGCCUAUGCAUCGACGGUAUAAACAAUUAUACCUGUGACUGCAGCGACACGGGUUUCGAAGGUGCACGCUGCGAACAAAAUAUCGAUGAUUGCCGAUCGGAGCCCUGCGUGAACGGUGCUCUCUGCAUAGAUGAUAUUAAGAAUUAUAAAUGUCAGUGUUACGCUGGUUACACUGGGAAGAAUUGCGAGGUUGAUGUAAACGAAUGCGAGAGCUCACCUUGCCAGUAUAAUGGAACUUGUCUAGAAAGAUCCAAUAUUGAAUUAUAUAAGAGCGAUGCAGUGACGUUACCUUCGAUAUUUAAUCAAGAAUUUAGUUACGCGAACGCAAGUGGAUACGAAUGUCUGUGUGUACAAGGUGUAAUGGGUAAAAAUUGCGAAUUAAAUAUCAACGAAUGCGACAGCAAUCCGUGCAAAGCUGGAGCUUGCGUAGACCGUAUCGGUGGUUACACCUGUGAGUGCGAGGAUGGUUAUGAAGGUGAUCACUGUCAGCACGAUAUCGACGAAUGCAAACGGUACACACCUUGCGAGCACGGUGUAUGCAUCGAUGGAAGGGCUGAUUAUACUUGUACCUGUGAACCAGAGUAUGGUGGCAAGAAUUGUUCGGUAGAGCUGAUCGGUUGUCAAGGGAAUGCUUGUCAGAAUGGCGGCACUUGCUGGCCAUAUCUUGUGGAUGAAACGAUACAUAAAUUCAAUUGCACCUGUCCAAAUGGAUUCCACGGAGAAGUCUGUGAUUAUGUAACAACAAUGUCCUUAAGUGGAAGAUCAUACGUUCUGGUGAAUACUACUCGUGACGAGGGAUAUGAUAUACAAUUUCGCUUCCGAACAACUCUACCAAAUGGACUGCUAGCUAUUGGAAAAGGAUCAACGUUUUACAUCCUUGAACUUGUAAAUGGCAAACUGAAUCUGCAUUCGAGUCUCCUGAACAAGUGGGAGGGUGUAUUUAUUGGCAGCGGUUUGAACGACUCUACUUGGCAGAAAGUGUUCGUUGCUAUCAAUGCAACCCAUUUAGUACUCUCAGCUAACGAAGAACAAACAAUUUAUCCUAUUAGUCUGAACGAAGGUUCCAAUUCUAAUCACACAUCUUUCCCAAUGACUUACGUUGGUGGUACUACUAGCUAUCUUCAAAGAUUAACCCAUGGCCCGUCAUUUUUUGUGGGUUGCACCGAGGAUGUUGUUAUUAAUGGAGAAUGGGUAUACUCUGGUACCUCAUCUACGACCAUAUAUAUGGAGCAUGUUGAAUCAGGUUGUCCAAGGGAAGCUCAGUGCUCGCCAAAUCCUUGUAAAAAUGGUGGACACUGUACUGACAGGUGGCGAGACUUUUCUUGCAAAUGUGAGCGACCAUAUCUAGGGCAUACCUGCCAAUACAACAUGACAGCAGCCACAUUUGGAUACGAGAAUAUCACAAAUGGAUACGUGACCGUGAAAGUGACAGAUAUGGCUAGGAAAGCAGUCAGAUCUAUUGUCGAUAUUUCCAUGUUCAUUCGCACUAGACAAGAUAGGGGUGAUAUAUUUUAUCUAGGAUCAGAACCAAAUCCACCAGCUGAGUCAAAGUCUCAAGAGAAAACUUACAUAGCGGCUCAGCUGGAAGGAGGUGAAUUACUUGUCAGAAUUCAGUUCAAUGGUACCGAAGCUUACACAGUUGGAGGUGUAAAACUGAACGAUGGAAACAAUCACCUGAUACAAGUAAUUAGAAAUGUGACGUUGGUUCAAGUAAGGAUCAAUGGUACCGAAUACUUUAGGAAAACCAUCAGUGCUUCUGGUCAAUUGAACGUGACCGUUUUGUAUCUGGGAGGCUUGCCACAAGCGUCUAGAUACAUACGACAAGUAGAUAAUCGUCAGAUAGAAGUGUCGCAAGCUCUUCAAGUUAAUUUCAAGGGUAUUAUUCAAGAUGUUCAAAUAUCCAAUGGCACUGAAACCAUGGUUGUUGAAUUCUUCCCUCUAAAGGCAAAUGACAUUCCAACACCGAUACAAUUUGGCAACGUAACUUUUGAUUACAACAAAGUUCUCAAGGGAGUAAUAUCUGAUAAUGUCUGCGUAAGCAAUCCGUGCAAUCACAAUGGAACCUGCCAUGUCACGUGGAAUGACUUUUGGUGUCAGUGUCCACGUGGAUAUACCGGGAAGACGUGUCAAGAAAUGGAAUUCUGUCAAUUGCAAGAUUGUCCAGCUGGCUCGAAAUGCCAGAACUUGGAUGACGGCUAUGAAUGCAUCGCUAAUGCUACUUUCAACGGAGUAAACACUUCCUUCAGUUACGUCUACAAUCAAGUGGAAGAAAGAAACGUGACAGACUCGACGAUUGAUAGCAUUCAAAUUACUUAUCGUUCGAGUACAGGCGGUACUCUGAUGCAUAUUGCUCCUCGCGUGGGCGACCUGCAUUUCACAGUUUACGUUUACAAGGACAAGAUCACAGUAUCAUGGCGUUUGGAUACGCAGAACCAAGGAGUAUUGACUUUUGGUAAAUCUGAAGCUGAUGGAAAUUGGACAUCGAUAAUAUUGAGAUUAAACAACAAUUCCAUGGAGUGUAGCUAUGCAAACUCUAAUGAUGAGAAUGCAUCACGUGUUAGUCCGAAUUUUAGUUUCUCCUUAUGGUAUGAUUUAUUAAUUACUGGGACGGUCACCCUUGGUGGACUUGGUUCCACCUUGUCUAAUGAACACAGCUACGUGACCAUCGGUUCUAGUAAACAGAAUUUGGAAAAUAGAAAUGGAAUUAAUGAAAAUUCCAUAGACUUCAAUGAACGCGUAUUAACCACUGCAUCACCACCUCAUGAUGCAAUGUCAGGUGAAACUUUUAAAGGAUGUUUAGGAGAAGUAAGAAUUGGCAGCAUGCUGCUACAUUAUUUCACAUAUGAAGAGGUUUAUCAAAAUGCUAAUUUUACACCAUUGGAAUAUUUAGCAUUACAAGAAGAUAACGCGACCCAUCACGAUAAUAUCGGUUGCCAGCUCUGCUUCGAUUCUGAUUGCAAAAACGAUGGUUAUUGUCUGGAUAAAGCGAAUAGUUACAUUUGUGAAUGUCCUGCUGGUUACACGGAGAACGAUUGUUCGUUUAACAUUGACGAAUGCCUUGAUAAUAAGUGUCAAAAUGGAGCAACCUGUGUUGAUGGAAUUGCUAAUUACACAUGUGUGUGUAAUAGUGGAUGGCAAGGAUGGCUAUGUGAUAGCGACAUCAAUGAAUGUGUACCACUCAACCCUUGCCAGCAUGAUGGAGUAUGCGUGAAUUAUCCUGGUUAUUUCCAUUGUGAAUGUCCAGAUCAAUUCACUGGCAAUCUUUGCCAGAAUUUCCGUUUGAUCACUUGUGAAAAUCAACCGUGUAAAAACGGUGGUAUUUGCACAGACGUAGUAAAUCCGCAAACUGGUGACAAUUUCACCUGUACUUGUAUGACCGGUUACGAAGGAUCAAUUUGUAAUGUUCCUUAUUGCAUCGGUCGAAAAUGUCAGAACGGUGGCAAAUGUGAUUUCUUGUACCAGUACCAGACACCUCGAUGCACUUGUUUGCCUGGGUACUCGGGAAUGUACUGUGAAAUUAAUAUUGAUGACUGUGCGCCAGAUGCAGAAGGAAAUGUACCAUGUAAAAAUGAUGGGAAAUGUUACGAUGGAGUAAACAAUUUCACUUGUGAUUGUAGUGAUACAGGUUACACAGGACCUGAUUGUUCUUUGGAUAUAAAUGAAUGUCAGGAUACAACGACAGAUUGUGGUCAUGGUCAGUGUGAAAAUGAACCAGGAACUUAUCGAUGCAUUUGUGAACCAGGUUAUUGUGGAUACAAUUGUGGAAUGGUGAAUCCUUGCAAAGAGGAUUACUGUCAGAAUGGAGGUACAUGCGAUUGUGGAGAUGACGGUGGUUACAGGUGUCAGUGUACAGCAGAGUAUACUGGUCAAAAUUGCACAGAGACGGAACACUUUUUGAGCAGUCAAGCGAUGGACAUAGCAGUUAUAGUUGGUCCUAUCGUUGGAUGUCUCUUCCUGAUCGCAGCAGGCUCUUUAGUUGCAUUAUUUAUGAUGGCCAGGAAGAAACGAGCGACUAGGGGUACAUAUAGUCCAAGUGCUCAAGAAUUCAGUAAUCCACGAGUAGAAAUGGACAAUGUAAUGAAACCACCACCAGAAGAGAGAUUAAUCUAAGAACUUUCUUGCGACGAAGGGGGAUAAGUAAGUGUUUCGCGUCACUGGAUCCUAGUCUGCCAAGAAUAUGCAUCGUUACUACAGUGACAGCAAGAAAGAAAGGAAAAUGUCAAGUUUCAUCUCACGUUUUCUAGUCAAUGCAAUUACACAACUAUCAAAUUGACCUAAGAAAUCAAGCGAGCAACACGAAGAACAAUAAUUUUAAAGCAUUUGGAAAACGUCGCUGGAGAUGAAACACGACAAAACGAAGAACAAAAUCUUAGAGAAAAAUUGAUUAUUAAGGAGCUUUAUUGAACGAAUACAGCACUGAACAGUGUAUUACCAAAUUUGUUGAUUUUCAUGAAUCAAUGUAACUACACAAAGUGUACUUAAAACUUCGUUAAGUGUCCUUAACUUGCAAGCAAUACUCAAGAAAAGCUCCUAAGCAACGAGACCCGUCCAUUUUAGUGCCUAAUCAAUCCUACGUGAAAAUGUUAUUUAUAAGCAAUGAAUAUAAAAGAAUUUCAAGUGUGCAUUUUAGAAACGCGUUAAACAUAGAUGUGUACGUUGAGAUCUCUAAAGCAUAAUGGUAUUCGUUACUCAUUAUUUUACUUGCUAGCUACCAGGCAACUAUAAUAUAUAGAUAUCAUUAUGAAAUCGUAGUAAUGUUACGACUUAUUACAAAGAUAAACGGAACUUUGUAAAAAUUUCGUAGAUGGUGGUUAAUUGUCGUUCGUGCGUUUGUACGUUUCCCAGUACCAACGUGCUUGUUAAUUUUGUACAUAAAUUAGAGUAUAAGUUGAAAUUAUUAACGAUUUUACCAUUAGCAUUUUAUAUGGAUAUAGUAUUUAAUAACGAAUAUUAUUUGGUACGUAACCACUUACUACCACGACCAAAGUAAUAGCGAGAAUUUUUCUCGUCUACUAAUCAUAAACAAUAAAAAUAUCGUUUCUCUUCGGUAACAACAAAAUAAUUGUUCUUUACGGAAAUGAAAAAAGUGAUGUAUCGUCUGUCUUAAAUAUAUUAAUUUUAAUGUAUCAUUAUUUUCUCUUAAACGAAUACAAAAUUCGUUACAUUGAAUUUUAAUAUCAAAUGACAAAGUUUUUAAGAAACGCAGCGUAUGUAAUAUGAAAAUGUUUUAACGAAGUACCAAUCAAAAAACAAAUACGACCUUUAUGAUGUGAAUAAUUUAUAUUUCGAAAGAUAAAAAUGACUGUAUUGCAUUAUCGUAAAUUAUGAAAAAUAAUCCUUGUUCAAUAUCUACUAUAAAUUAAAUAUCAUAAAUGUUUUAUUCAAGACUGAAACUUUGGAUACUAAGAAAAAUACCUAAAUAAGAGUGCAUGCGCUUUUCAUGUGAAUACUUAUUUUAUGACAAGAUGUGACAACAUGCAAUAUUGUAUGUAAAUAAUUGCUGAAUGUACAAAAAUAAUAAAAAUUUAAAUAUUUCA